AUGAUAAAUAAGAGAUCAAGCAGAAUGUGUGUGUUGAAUAUUUACAGUUCGUUUAUUCAAGAAGAACAGCAACGUAUAAAAUCAAACCUAUCUUUAAUUACAUCAAUAAACUUGCCGGAUAUAUUGAAAAUGCUCUGUUCUUGUUUUAAAUUUCAAAUAGGGAAGGCUUUGAUAUUCAAACCAUUCAAGUUUCAUUCAAACAACUCAUUGUAUACAUUUUUAUAUAUUGAGGAGGUUCACACAUACAUACAUUUUAUUGGGAAAAUGUGGAGUGUUCAGGCUUUGGUGGUGCAUAUAUUGCUGCUGGGCUCCAUCCUGAGUAUCUACUUUCAAUCGACCGUGUUGUCGGGUCUCGAACCGUUAAGUACACUCCGUGAAUUUGGCUUUAAACCACCGGCGGACCGAGUCGUGGUUUUCGUUGUAGAUGGCUUGCGAGCGGAGUCUGUUCUGGCAAAUAACUGCAGUGCGGUACCAGACCUGAAGGAGCUGUUUAAUCAAGGUCUAGUGGGAAUUUCCCGUGCCUGUCCGCCGACUGUGACCCGUCCAGGUCAUAUUGCCAUCUUCGGCGGCUUUAAUGAAGAUCCCGCAGCGGCCCUUACCAACUUUGGCUGGAAUCCAUCCAAUUUCGAUACAGUCUUCAAUCGGAGCAGAAAAGCCAUAGGAUGGACUCAGGAUGUGGUUGCCAAAGUCUUCACCCACUUGCCAACCGGUGGGGCUCCAUUGCAUUUUCAAACGUUUGCCAAGUCGGACAUUUCGGGCAAAAAUAACUUGGAUGAGUGGAUUUUUAAUAAGACCAGUAUCUUUCUGACCAAUGAGGAGAAUGUUCGACCCUUGCGGAAUGCAACAUCGGUGGUAUUUUAUAUAUAUUUACCAGAUAUUGACCUAGCUGGCCACGUUUUCACGCCCUACGGUGCAUCUUUCCAUGAGAAGCUUAAUUUCACCCAAAGGUGCAUCCGGGAAACCUAUGAGCUCUUCGAGAGUGUCUUCAACGAUAGUCGCACGGCUUAUCUGAUAACAUCCGAUCAUGGGAUGAAUGAUAAGGGACAACAUGGUGGUGCAGGAGAUCGAGAAGUGGAAACCCCCUUCAUCCUCUGGGGAGCUGGUGUUAAUCACUUGGCCCCGGAUCCUGGUCAGAGCUUUAAUGUUAAUAGCAAUGGUCGUACUCUGCCUCUUUACCAACUGGAACAGACGCAACUGGCACCACUAAUGUCCGCUUUGAUUGGUCUUCCACCUCCUAUGAACAACAUGGCACUGUUGCCCCUUGGAUUCCUGAAUACCAGCAUCCAGUACGAACUCCAAGCUAUGCAUUUGAAUGCCAUGCAGCUUCUGGGUCAGGCCAAGAUUCUGAUAAAGCGUCAUGAGGAAAGCAUUCUGUAUUUGUGCCUGCCCAAGUUUGAAAAUCUGAACUCGGUGGAAAUUGACCGCUAUAUGGUAAAAGUGAAAUUCCUGAUGGAGAAGGAACACUUCGAUCAGGCUCUGGUCAUCAGCCAAAAGAUAGCUAAGGUGGCUCAAGAGUGUUUGGAAUACUACAAUGAGUAUUAUAACAUGCCACUGCUAGUGGCCACCACUGCCUCCUACUUAGUUUGGUUCUACCUUCUGCUGAUGCAACUUACCCGGGAGUCCAUCCAACCGAGAUCUCAAAAGAGAGGAUUUUAUUCAUGGAUGACUUUGUUGAUGUGCUUGAUUGGAAUGGUGCUGGUGGAAUUGUUGAUACUGCAAAAGGUUCCCUACCUGACGGCCUUCUAUCUGUUGCUCCCCUUAGGAAUCCUCAUCUUGGCCUUGGCUGAACGUCCCAUGGGAUGUAAUUCGUUGUGCCAGUAUCCUAUACUUCAUCUAAUCGGAAUCAUUGCACCAGCUGUCCUCCUUGUAUUAAUGGCCUUCCACAAGAGUCACAUUGGUCUUCUCUACUUCAUUAUGGUGUGCCUCAACAAUCGAAGGGCUUUCUUUAGGCCCAGUUUGAAGUUACUGUUCUGGCUUACUCUGGUAGUGAUGCUGAGUGGAAUUCUGGUGGUGAAGCAGAAUAAGAGUUUGCAAUUUAUUACCGACGCUAUCGGGGAUUAUGUGGACAAAAGUUACUGGGUGUACUUUAGUAUGGUGUUAUCAGUACUUCGUCCUUUGAUUGUGAGACAUCAUCAUGCCAUGCGUGUUUGGAUCAUCAACAUUGCAGCGUCAAUGGCAGCAGCAUAUGGAAUCUAUCAGUGGGAUGAAGAUCAGACAAUCUGCACCUACGUGUACGCUGCAUGUUGGUCAUAUCUUGCAUAUGCCUUCAUAUCGAUUCCUUAUAGUGGAACAAAAGUGUUUAAGCGACGCCUGGAGCUGAUCAUGUUCAAUAUGCUUACGGUUCAUAUAAUGCUGACUGUAUCGAUAUCCUCGCUUUUUGUUCAGAUUAUGGUCACCGAAUUUGUGCUGGGCUUUGAGCUUUACGAAGAGAGCACUAAACCGAUGGACAAUAAGGAUAGGAAUUCGAAUGAAGAUGGUGAGCCGAAUGGGACUGAAGUACAAGAUGAGAAUCGAGCUGAAAGACGCGUGAGUCCAUUGGAACACCUGAGGCUAUCCUAUCGCUAUGCUGCUCUCAUUCUGCUGUAUUUCUAUGUAUCCUUCUUUGGAACUGGCCAUUGGUUUUUUAACUUUACAUUCAAACCCAUCACUUCACGACUGUUCUUCCCUCAAUUUCAAUUUCACAUGAUUGCGGCCUUUAUCCUCCUGAAGAUAUUUAUUCCAUCAAUAAUCGUUAUGUCGUGCAUAUAUGCCUUGGUAUCCUUUGCCCGGAAGAAUACUCGCUCCAUCUUCAUCUGCCUGUUCCUGAUGAAUGACACUAUGAGUCUGUACUUCUGCUACGAUGUGAGCAAUCGAGGAUCCUGGCAGCAUGUGCGCAAAUCGCUGGAUCGUCUUCUGGUGUCCCAUGUCUUUAUUAUCCUUCUACUGAUAUGCUCUUGGAUUUCCAAGGCUUUUCUUAUCAACACCACAGAGGAUAAAGCUCCGCGUCAAGCCCAAGUCCAGGUUGUCACCAAUACCGCCGCCUUAGUGGAAGACAGUCAAGUUUAGUUUAGUCCGGAAGAUGUGCCAAAAUUGUCCAGUUUCAUUUAAUCUUUGUUCACUGUAACUCUUAUUUCAUUGUAAUAAAUAGUUAUUUA